AUGCGGCUGGGUGGAGGAGAGAUCAACACGUACUACCCGGGGAAUGACCUCGACGUUCCGCUGUACGGCGUCCUCACCGCGGAGGAUUGCUGCGCCAAGUGCGCCACGAACUCUAGCUGCUACGCGUGGACCUACAAGAAGGACACGCAGGAGUGUGCCCUGAAGGGCAACAAGCCCCUCGAGGCGCUGACAAAGAUCACGGAUCCCGAAUACACGUCGGGGCAGCCGACGCACGUGAGGACAGCUAUCCCCCUGACAGUCCCAGAGCCCGGACAGAACACGCUCUAUUGCUGGGCCUUGAUGAUCCCUGGCAGCAUGGAACCAAUGCUGCUGGCGUGGGAGUUCGAGAACGCCCAGAGCUUUUUCAGAUGCGACGAGUACGCCGUGUUCAGCAAUCAGACCCUGACAGUGGUGCCCGGCCUCGUCUCGAAAACCGUGGCCAGUGACCUGCACUGCGAGAAGGGCGGCGAAUUCGGCACGGCGCUGAACACCGAAAUCUUCAUCACAGUGUGGACGGCGGUCGUCGCCGACGGGCGCUACAAGUUCCACGAUUGGACCGUCAAGGCAGACCCAGACUCUGUUUUUUUCCCAUCCAGGCUGCGCACCAUACUGGCGAAGUACAACGAGGACGUCAAGUCUGCGCCGAACGGCGUGUACCUGAACAACUGCCACAGAGGGAUGCACGGGCCCAUUGAGGUGAUAUCGAAGAAGGCGGUGCAGGUCUGGGUGGAGGGCAUCCCGAGCUGCCAGUCGCAUUUCGUCCAGCUCUGCCAAGGGGAGACUGCCAGUGGGGCGAGGACAUGUUCAUGGACCAGUGCUUGGAUAAAGUGCUCAAAGUUGAUAGAAAAAAUAAUUCCAAAUUGUUGGUCGAAGAGGCCUGCGACCCGCCUAAAGGGUGGGAGUCCUGCAAAGACGAGCACAUCGCGGCGUACCACCCGUUCAAAGAGGUCGGCGCCUACAAGACCUGCUUGGUCAGCAGCGGUAUCACCGGCCUUGCCUGAGGCAAGGGUCGAUGCAGUCACGGGCGGGUGUCAGCGGCAUGAUCGGUUGCUCGUGCGCGUGGCGCGAGCGAGCGUUGUGCCCCCCGCCUGCUUCAGCACCGUGCCGCGUGCCUCGCGCCAUCACUUGUCCACACCAGUUGGCUAUCGUUCCGCUCCUUCCCCUCAUGCUCCAGUCUGCCAGUCAGGUUCGCUCCAAGCCAGCGGCACGAACCCACAUCGACAAUGUCAAGUGCCAGCGCCCGUUGGGACCGUUUGGCCGAGUCGCCUGUUGCAUUUUCAGUGCCUUGCCGCAGCGCUCAACCCUCGCGAUGCCCGCCGGGCAAAGUCCUCCGAAUUCAGCCGCACGGUUGAUGUCUAG